AUGCCCAGUUGGAGAAGCAUCCAGUUGAAAACAUUGGGCGCCUACAGCCAUCAUCGUCGUCAACAGGCCAGCCAGAAGCCGGUCCAGCAUUUUUCGAUUACGACUCAAGUUGGCCUGCAGUGCCAGGCCUUGAUCGAGCACCAAGUUGGUCUCAUCAGGACGGGGGAGAUUGCACCAUCUGCGCCUAUCGAUCAAUACCUUGUCUACAAAAGUCUCCUUGACAACCUCCCUCGAAAAGAUGACGGGUCUUACUUCUUGCGCCAUAUCGACUCUAGAGAUGCUAGUUUCUUAGUGGAUUCCGAAUACAACAUCACAGGCAUUAUAGAUUGGGAACUGGCCAUUGUCACAGCCAAAGAAGCGGCUUUCCAAUCGCGUCUGCUGCUGUACAAUCUCGGGGAACUAUACAAUGAAGGAAUCUCCACACUAAGCGAGGAUGAAAAACGGUUUUCCAAGAUCCUUCAAGAAGAGACCCAGUCCGGUGAGCUCUCUGCGUUAGCAGCGCAGAAGCUGCACUUUAGAAUCGACCAAGUGAUAGAGACGAGCCCGGAGGACAGAGAAAACUUUACUAAAGUCUUUAGUGGAUGGUGGAAGGCUGCUACAGGAGAAGAAACAUUCGAUUGGGAUAUUUGGUAUCAAAAUGCACUGAAAAAGUAUGGCAAUGGAGGCUUUACACAUUCUCUUACCAAAUAA